AAACGGCGAUCAGUGCCCGCCGCAAGCUCCGAAAGCGAAGAGCUUCGCACGAUAAGAACCUCCGCUCAUUCCCAUAUGUCGUACGUUCUCACGUCCUGAGUCGCGCGUCGCGCGGGAAAAUCAUUCGACAUUUCGUGCGACUGAAAACACCCCCCUGACCGGGUAAAGUUCGGAUCGAACCGAUGAAAAAAAACUAAUCGCCAAAAAUCUAAACAGGUGUCAUUUUUUUUUGAGGAGAGAGAAAAUAAAAAAAACUUAAAAUGUGUCCAAACUACGGAUACGAGCACGACUGUUCGGAUAAUUGUUGGUAAAAAAAAGAAACGGAUAACAAAUGAUCGACCCUUACUCCGAAUGAAUAAAAAAAAAAAACCACCAAACUCAGAAACCAGUAAAAAGUGAGAACGAUAUUUAAAACCCGCGGUAAAGGGGAGAAAAAUAAAAUUAGAUUUCCCAAGAUUUCGUUGAUGUCGUUUGAUUUCAUUUCCCUGCUCACCAAUUAUUAUCGGUCCGAUCCUUGUUCGUUACGAACUGCGGUAAUUGAUUUCUGAGAAAUAAAUCGGUCUGCGAUUAUCUGAGAUAGAAAAAUUUUUGAUCACAUUUUCUAGUGGGAUUAGAAACGGGUACAUUGCAUAAAAUUAUGUAAAAUUGAAGACCGCCGUCGAGGCUCGAUAAAAUCGAAAACCGGUUUCAAAAAAUACAAAAUUCGUACCGAGUCAUUUCGUCUAGCGUUCGUAUUCGAUGUUACACAUGUAAAAUUGAAAGAACAACUAUAAUUAGUCGCAUGAUUAAUGAAUGAUGAUAGAUAAGGUGGGCGUGACGACAAAAAAGGAUGAUUAUACCCGCAGCGUCGAAUCACCGGAGGCUGGAGAUUCGAUUGGAUUAAAAUAGAAACACUCGUUCAAACACCGUCGAGACAUUUUUUUUUUUUUUCCCAAACUAGGUAUAUAAAAACGAAGAAUAAAAAAUAAAUAAAUAAAAUAUCAAACGAAUCCAAAAAAAAAGAGCCAAAAGUAAUUCAAGCUCCGUCCACCCGCGAGGCGAGAGCAAAAGUGUCCGACGUUCGAAAGGGAGGAGAAGAAAAAACCAACGAAAAAGUAGGGGAGAAGGACGGAAGAGGGACGAAGAGGAGGAGGAAGAAACUGGCUGUAAUAAACCCGCUAAAAUGUACGGACGGUGGCGAUUUCUCUGUCUGCUCAGCGUUUUUGCAGCAAUAAACGAAUCGCACGCGAGCUGGGAAGAGUGGUGGACCUACGAUGGGAUUUCAGGUCCGUCCUUCUGGGGGCUCAUUAACCCACAGUGGUCGUUGUGCAGCAAAGGAAGGAGACAGAGUCCGAUCAACGUGGAACCGGACAAAUUGCUCUUCGACCCUCACCUGCGUCCCUUGCACGUUGAUAAGCACAAGGUAUCCGGCCACCUACACAACACCGGUCAGUCGCUGGUAUUCAGAGCGGACAGAGAGGCGAAAAUUCGCGUCAAUAUAACGGGUGGUCCGUUGGCGUAUCACUAUCAAUUUGAGGAAAUUUAUAUCCACUACGGUAGCGACAACAACCACGGAUCCGAACAUCGCGUUAACAACUACGCUUUUCCUGCCGAAAUUCAAGUCUACGGAUUCAACGCCGAACUUUAUCACAACAUGAGCGAGGCGCAGCACAAAAGUCAAGGACUGGUCGCCAUUUCGCUGAUGGUUCAGUUGGGAGACACGCCUAAUCCAGAACUAAGAAUAUUGACGAGCACCUUCAACAAGGUUAUUUACAGAGGGGACAAAGCCCAGGUUCGUCAUUUGUCGUUGAGAUCGCUUCUCCCCGACACGAACGGUUACAUGACCUACGAAGGUAGCACAACGCACCCGGGAUGCUGGGAAACGGCCGUUUGGUUGAUACUGAACAAACCGAUCUACAUAACGGCGCAGGAGAUCUACGUACUGAGAAAACUGAUGCAAGGUCCGGACGGCACGCCUAAAGCACCCCUGGGUAACAACGCGAGACCACUUCAGGGACUACAUCACAGAACGAUCAGGACGAACAUAGAUUUUCGCAAGCGACCGGACGCAAAGUGCCCGUCGAUGGCGAAGGACAUGCACUACAGAGCCAACACGUGGCGGGACGACAGUUCUUUAUCGCACAACGUCGUAUAAUGAAAUAAUUUGAAAGGAAAGAAAAAAAAAAACAUUAUAAUAAAUCACACACACACACACCCCAAUAAAAUGGUCAAACUCGAAACACAACCACGACGACUUGUCUCUCCGAAAUACGAAUUACGCAAGUUAUGGUAAAAUUUGAAAGAAUUGAAAAAAAAAUAAACAUAAAUUAAAUUAAAUUCAAAAAAUUAUCAGAUAAACUUUAAAAUCGACGCGGAAUAAAUUAAUUUCAAUUUGUCUAACGAAAUAAGAUAAAGGAGAUAUUUUUUAAAAAACGGCAACGACGAUCGUACAUUAGAAAAGAAAAAAAAAAUGUUAUGAGCACGAAUACCAAAAAGGAUGGGAUCUUUGUUAGAUCCUAACGGGUCGAAAAUUCUCACUAACGAAAAAACUCUUUUGAUUCAUUUCUAUCCAAAUUUUAUAAUUAAAUCAUUACCGAAAUUUUAAAAAAGUUAUUCAGAUUCACCUUUUGUCUGUCACCAGAAUGCCAGUUAUUAGAUUAUUUUAAUUCUUUCGUUCUUCUUUUUCUAGUGGUAGAAACGAGUCAGGGAGUGAAUAAUUCGCACUUGGAUUUGUAUGUGAAAAACCUCCAAUCGCGUUUCAGAAAAAAUAAUAAAAAAUUGCGCUAAAAUUUCCCAACGGACGUAGGUCACGGUAAGUUUUUCUCGGAUAAGAGAAAGUAAAGCGGGGAGUAGGUUUUCAGGGUAGAUAAAUAAACAAGUAUAAAAGAAUGAAAAAUUGAA